AUGGCCAAAUUUGUGCUCGCUGGGAAAGCAGACUGCCCUCAUUAUGCUAAAGCGGAACUUUUAGCAGACGCUCUGCAGGGAUGUCUGCCGAACUUCAGGGUCCAGAAGAUCUCCAUCCUCCCAGAUGAGUGGAAUGAAUGGCUGGAAGGCACCUGCCAAAGAAAUGGCUGGAAACAUGAGCAUUCUCCUUUGGUUUGGAGGGAACUGGUGUACCAGGGAGGCAAAGGGAUGCUCUUAGGAGGCUUCAGUGACUUCCUAGAGCACUGCCAGGACUACUACGGCAUCACGUCAGACAUGCCCACAGAUAUGAUGCUGAGUAUUGCGGCAGAAAACCUGAAGGCCAAGAUGGACCUUAUUAUGGAAGAGGAGUGUCAUGCCAGUCUUGUUCAACCCCUUCACAUAUGGAUCACUGGCGCUCUCAGCCCAACCUGCCACAUCUUGAUCCCCAAUCUGCUUUCUGCUGAGGUUUUCCCCCAAGUUUCUGCGAUCAGCCUCCAUCUACUGGAGCUGCAGGGGAAUAAAGAAGAAUUGCAGGGGCUGAGGAUGGAGGUUGAGGACCUCGCACUCAGUAUGCUCCAUGAGGUGACCGUCCACAUGGAUCUGGAUCAGGCCUUCCAAAAAGCAGAUGUCAUCCUCCUGCUGGAUGAAUGCUGGUCUGAUGAUAAAGAGAACGGCAGUGACGAGGAAAAGAAGAAGACAGUAAAGGAGCGAUACAGAAAGUACGGACAGCUGAUCGACACAAGAGCCAACAAGGAGGUGAAGGUGAUCGUAUCUGGUGACUCAUUCGUCAACCUGAGAUGCUCACUUCUUGUGGACAGCGCGCACUCUGUUGAGAGCCAACAGUUCGUCGCCACGGCAACACAGCUGGAGAAUGAAGCCAGGGCGAUAAUUGCAAAGAAGAUGAAAGUGAGAACCUCAGAUAUUACAGAUGUUAUCGUGUGGGGAAACAUCAGUGGUGUUUUCUACGUUGACUUGCAAAGGGCGAAGGUUUGCAACUACAAUGGGGCAAUUAAAGGACCAGCUUUCGUUCCUCAACCAGUCCUAAAGAUAUUUCAUGACAGGAAAUGGCUGGAGACAGACUUUCAACGUUUGGUACAAUGUCAACGUGGAGCUGUGGCUUCAAAGACCGGCCGAGCAGCUGACACAUCAGCCGCCAAUGGGAUCCUCACCGUCCUGAGGGCAUGGAAUGGCAUUUGCGAUCCAGAUGAGGUCCUGUCUGUGGGUGUACUUUGCCCAGGUCACAACAAUCUCCCAGAUGACAUUGUCCAGUCAGUUCCAGUUAAGUUUACAGACGGCAAAUGGUCUGUAGUGUCUGAUGUGACUGUUGGAGACGAGCUGAAGGAGAGACUUCAGCUUUCUGCAAGCGAACUGAGGCAGGAAAAAGAAGUUGGAUCAGAAAACUGUGCGGCUGACAAUAAUAACACCGUUUUAUAG